AUGACGAGCAAACGUCUAUCGAUUCGUCCCAUGCCAUGGCUCCUACAAGUCUGGAUGUCCAACAGUGUUGUAAAACGCGUCCUGAAAAUAACUACAUUGCAACUUGCUCGGGGCCUGGUGAAGCUGUCCACUCGAAUACUGUUGAGCUACAGUAUGCAAGCUCUAAAAAAGGGAGACCUCAAUUCUAUCAAAAAAGGCACAACGGAGGUGGAGAAAAAGGAGCCUAUUGAAAGGGAAAAGGAUGAACUGGAAAAAGCUUUUGGGGAGGAAAAAAUGGCUAAAGCAACGAAAAACAAAAUGGACGGAAAAGAAGUGGAAAUAGUGACGAAAAAAAAUAAGGAUAAGCCCAUCGAAGAGGAGAAUACUAAGGAUAAUGAUGCAUUUGAAAAUGAGGAUGUUCAUAUAAGUAUGCGAGACACGGAUAGAGAAGAGAGGCAACACAAAGAAGGUGCACAACAGGAAGAUAAUUACAAAUAUUUUGGUAACUCGUCACCCCUCAAUUUCGCAAAUCAAUUUAGUCAGCCAGACACAGAAUUUAAGCUUACAUUAGAUGAUCUGGACUUGACACAGGACUUGUUAUCACCUGGCUUUCAAAUGACCAAGUUUAUCGACUGGUUAACCACGGCCCAGCGACACGCAUCGCGGCAAGUGGCCAAGUUACAACGACAAUUCUUGCUAAAACCAGAAACAUCACUUGACUACUGCUCUUCAGAAGACCAUGAGCUACUUGCUGAGCUUUCAGCCUCAGAAGAGGCACUGCAUCGUCACACUUGCAACCUGGAUUUGGUUGAAAAGUGGUUGCGGCGACAGCGAGCACUGACAGCUGAAUGGUGGACUACAGGUUCAAAAGGACUCAAUCCGCGGCAGCAAACACAUGAGAUCCAAUACAAUCCCGCCAAGACAACAGAGGAAAAGGUGGAGCAAGUUGAAUUUCGAUUAGGCGAAGAGGAGCUGGAGCAGUUGCAGAAGGAAUGUCGUACUCUGCACAUGAUCACCUUGCAAUGGGCAAACGCUCUGAUGAAAGUAGGUUUUUUUAUAUCUAGUUCUCAUUAUUUACCCUUAGAGGUUAUGAGGAUUUAA